GGCCUGUAUAUAUAAAGAGGACACACGAAGCGUGAAAAGGAGGUAGAAAAAUGGCUUCCGCAGUGAGUGUGAUCUCAAAAUGCAGUGUAGUUCCUCACCAAAAAUCCACUCUCGGAGACCUAAAACUCUCCAUGUCAGACCUUAACAUGCUAUGCUCUCACUACAUCCAGAAGGGAUGCCUCUUCACAGCCCCUCAACUUCCCACCCACACUCUCAUCCCUCAUCUCAUCCACGCCCUCUCCAAAACGCUCUCCCUCUUCCCCCCCUUCGCCGGCCGCCUCGUCACACACGCAGACGCCCACGUCUACGUCGCAUGCAACGACGCCGGCGUCGACUUCAUCCACGCCUCCGCCGCAGACGUCUCCGUCUCCGACCUCCUCUCCCCUCCCGACGUCAACCCUAUCUUCCAGAAACUCUUCCCCUUCCACCACACAAUCAGCUACGCCGCUCACUCCUCUCCCAUCAUGGCCGUCCAGCUCACCCAGCUCGCUGACGGCCUCUUCAUCGGCUGCGCCGUCUGCCACGCCGUCACCGACGGCGCCUCCUUCUGGAACUUCUACAACACCUUCGCCAAAAUCUCCCGAGGUGCCGCCACGUCUCCCUCCUCCCUCCCGGACUUCCGCCGCGACUCCAUUCUCUCUUCCAAAGUCCUGCUUCAGUUGCCCAAAGACAUGAAGGUGAGCUUCAACGCGGAGGAGCCGAUUCGCGAGAGAAUCUUCAGCUUCAAGCGAGAAUCUAUUCAGCAGCUGAAAGCGAGGGUGAACAGUGGCCGGAGUUUACCGGAGAACGUUGAGGCUGUUGAGGUGCUGGCCAAGUGGAGCAGCGACAAGCAGGUGAAAAGCGUUGCGCCAGAUGAAACGGUGGAGAUUUCGUCGUUUCAGUCGCUCUGCGCGCUGGUGUGGCGGUGCGUGACGCGUGCGAGGAAUCUGGAGGGGACGAAAACGACGACGUUUAGAAUGGCGGUUAACGUUCGGCAGCGGAUGGAGCCCAAGUUGGGGGAGAAUUACUUUGGGAACGCGAUUCAGAGCAUUGCCACGUAUGCAUCCGCGGGUGACGUGGCGUCGAGGGACCUUCGGUGGAGCGCGGAGCUGCUGAACAAAAGCGUGAGGGCGUACGACAGCGCUAUGGUGCGGCGCGCCGUGGAGGAUUGGGAGCGCCAGCCCAAGGUCUUUGCGUUGGGAAACAAAGACGGCGCCACCGUCCAGAUGGGUAGCUCGCCGAGAUUCCCGAUGUACGACAACGACUUCGGCUGGGGGCGCCCGUUGGCCGUGCGGAGCGGCGGAGCCAACAAGUUCGACGGCAAGAUGUCGGCCUUUCCCGGGCGGAGUGGCGGCGGCGCCGUCGAUUUGGAGAUGAUUUUGGCGCCCGACACGAUGGCGCGACUCGAAACUGAUCCUGAGUUCAUGUUUUACGUGUGUGGUCCAUAGGGACACGUGUUUGAAUUUGAAACGCUUAACUUGCAUUGUGAUUUCUUUCUUACCGUUGGAUUGUGUUUAAAAAUUAUGUAACGCUUAACUGCUGUGCCUGCACCAGUGUGACGUUUCAUUGUUUCGAAUUCCUGAAAUCAAGUUCGCUUUUAAUUUUCA